UCUCUGAAUCAGCCUCUGGUGCAUUACAUGACAUGUGAGCAUCAGAGAUAAAGAAUGCAAUUGUCUUCCCGUUGACAAGGAAUUGUCACAAGUUGUGCAUGUGAUGCUGCGCCUGAUCUUAAAUACAUUACAAUGUGUGCUUCAUGUCCCGUGAUGCUCGGAGCAGCUUGUGCUUUGUUGCCGAUGAGUGGUCGGCUCCCCUUUAGAAGUCAAAACAGCGUAUGAUGUGAUUUCAUGCUCUUUUAUCCUUUAACUAGCCUGAUAACAGGGACGGAAAAGGCAACAAUAAGUGCGUCUAUGUACGUGUGUAACCACUCUCGAUCAUCCCCUAGCAGAGAAUCCAUUAGCUUUGGACCCCCUCCCCGGUUUCCCAGUGAUAAAGUAAACAAAGUGUGUUUGACCAAUUUGGCAGGCAAAUAUUUGUUCUGGAAGCUUCCUCAUGCGAAAAGGAGACACGUACACGUCUACACCCGCGUGCUGCGCUAUAUAUACAGUUGCAAUCCUGCUGCACCACUAUUACAUGUGCACACACAAACAGAAAAGUGGAUGCACCGGUGACCUGGUCAGGCCUUUCCUUGGACACAUUGACUGACAUCUCUCAAGUCUUACUAAGCCAACAUGGCAGCCGGCAUCAUCAGGAACUUCCUUGUCCAGGCCCCGACUCCGGCCUACUUCCCCCUGAUUUUCCAGCAGUCCCCGUGCAGAGAAGACGAGGAAGAAGAAGAUGAGACGCUGGAGGAAAAGCCAGAUCAGAGGGAAGACGAGGAAGACAGAGAGGAGGACGAGGAAGACGAGGAAUCUGAAGUCCAGGAGGAAGACGACGAAUGUUUAGAGGAGGGUUUUCUAAACCCGGCUCGCUACACUUUGGAUGUGACUAAGCAGCUGCUGACGUUCGCAGACCUGAUCAGUCGCGACGUUCAGCGGUAUUUUGGCCGCUGCUCUGGCGACAGAGAGGCUUGCGACAUCUACAGCGACUCUGUGUCGGUCACAACCAGCGGGCGUCUGCGUUACUACGAUGACCUGCUGAGAAUAGCCAGAGCAGGAAGUCCAGAGGAGCAGGACAACAGCUUUGUGACUUGCAGCGAUUACAAUGGAGUUGGGGUUGCCAUGGGCAACAGCAGUCUGGGGCCCCUAGCUGAACUCUUCGACCACAUGGGCCCGAGUCACAGUCGGGGCCAACCUAUGGUGAAACGGCAUCUCCCGCUCAGUUUCUGGACGGAGCCGAUGCCCUGCUGCCCUCUGGUCGGCUUCAGUGACUCACCUGACGUCGCACACACGCGCGGUGCCACGUCCACGGAGGACAGCACACGCACGGACACCGACACACACAUGCCCUUUAAUGCACUCGCACACCACAAUACACACACCCUCGACAACAAUCAGCCAGACUUCAGUGAUUUGUUGGCGAACUGGGACCCAAACCCAGAGCUCACGCACACACUGACGGAGAACACACACAUGCAGCAUUAAAGACCUCAUUCAUGUCCUUGAUGUCUCUGAUGCAAACAUGGAAACAGAUCAAUGAAGGGGAGGAAAGACAGGGAGCAGCUCAGCGGCCGUGCACAGUGUUUGUUUUGAAAUCUGUUUCUCUGAACUCUGAGAAAUAACAUUUAAAUCAUUAAAAAAACCCGACCCCAAUCCUGAUUGUUCUGACCUUUGACCUCAUAACCUCAUUCAAAUCACUCCUCAAAACUCACCUCUUCAAGACUAUUUAAUGUUGACUUGUUUUAACGUAUUUGUCUUUUGUUUGUUUUGUUUCUUGUGUUUUUAAUGUAAAGUGACACUGAGUUCAUGAAAAGCACUAUAUGAAUAAAAUGUAUUGUUAUUAUUGUUAUUGUACUGAAAUA